CCUGCAUACAUAGGCUGAUACGCCACCUACUGCAAAACCGAGCUGACAGCGCAGGCGAUGCUGCCAGCGUUUCCAUUCCAUCACCAGGCUGGGGCUGAAUAAAGGCGUGCUUGUGUGGUAGUGUUUCUUUUUAAAAAAUCUCAAAGCCAAGAAGAACAAGCUGAAAUAGCAUCUUCAAAAAAUGGAGCGUAAAAUAAACAGAAGAGAAAAAGAAAAAGAGUACGAAGGGAAACACAACAGCCUGGAAGAUACUGAUCAAGGAAAGAACUGCAAAUCUACACUGAUGACCCUCAACGUUGGUGGAUAUUUAUACAUUACUCAAAAACAAACGCUGACCAAGUACCCAGACACUUUCCUUGAAGGUAUAGUAAACGGAAAAAUCCUCUGUCCGUUUGAUGCUGAUGGUCAUUAUUUCAUAGACAGGGAUGGGCUCCUCUUCAGGCAUGUCCUAAACUUCCUACGAAAUGGAGAACUUCUAUUGCCCGAAGGGUUUCGAGAAAAUCAACUUCUUGCACAAGAAGCAGAAUUCUUUCAGCUCAAGGGACUGGCAGAGGAAGUGAAAUCCAGGUGGGAGAAAGAACAGCUAACACCCAGAGAGACUACUUUCUUGGAAAUAACAGAUAAUCACGAUCGUUCACAAGGACUGAGAAUCUUCUGUAAUGCUCCUGAUUUCAUAUCAAAAAUAAAGUCUCGCAUUGUUCUGGUGUCCAAAAGCAGGCUGGAUGGAUUUCCAGAGGAGUUUUCAAUAUCGUCAAAUAUCAUCCAAUUUAAAUACUUCAUAAAGUCUGAAAAUGGCACUCGACUUGUACUAAAGGAAGACAACACCUUUGUCUGUACCUUGGAAACUCUUAAGUUUGAGGCUAUCAUGAUGGCUUUAAAGUGUGGCUUUAGACUGCUGACCAGCCUGGAUUGUUCCAAAGGGUCAAUUGUUCACAGCGAUGCACUUCAUUUUAUCAAGUAAUUACCUGUGUCACGAACAAAGGCAACAAGCAUGCAGCCAGCAAGCUUCGGAAAACCACAGCAUCAAAGGCAUCCCAAAUAACAUGCCCAGCUAGCUCUGUACUACAGAGCCCUGCUACUAAUCAAUUACUGUGAGCUAACGGUAUGUAAAUUCUAUCGCUAAAGAUGUCCUUCCUCUGGGGUGUUCCUGCUGAUCAGACUCUUCCACCUAAAAUGAAAACAGUAACCUUCUAUAUACUGUAAAUAAAGACUGAAUGCUUUUGCUAUUUAUUUGUCCUUAAGCUGUUUUUCAAUCAGAUUGUCUUGGGUAUUUGCACAAAAAACAAAGCAUGUACAUUAUCUAUCGUUCAUUUCAGUAACUGGUAAUAAAAUAUUUUAAGGGGCUAUUAAGAUUUGAAAUCCUUUCUACUAUGGCAAAAAUCUACAGAGAAACUGAACUGGUAAAAUUAACCACCUGGAGCAAAACAGAUGUGCAGAUCUAACUAAAAUAGAGCUAUAGUGAAGCAAAAUGAGAUUGUAAGAAGACAUUAAAGCUAAAUUGAUUUGAUUUUUCCAUAGCAGGCACCAAAAGCUCAAUUCACAGUUCCUGUGUUUCAUACUAGACUUAUAGCUGAAUUGGUAUUUUGCUGAAAAUUCCUAGAAAACUGCUUGAUGACAAUAAAAAGUAAAUAAAAGCACUGCAACCUUCUUUGAUUGUAUUAAUGAUUAUAAUAAAAAGUUACACGUCACUUUAAAAGCAAACAGUACCACUUGAUGAUUUUGCACAAAAUUAUGCAUAGAUGUAGUCAACCAGCAGGCUACAGUAACCCUGGCUGGUCCUGGAAGUGACAAAACCCAGCAAAUUCAAUUCUUUGCAGGCUGAGUUCCCACAAAGCAUGGAUAACUUGGUCUCAAUAGAGUAUGUGUUAUUAGAAUAAUAAAGGAGUUGAUUUUCAGAA